GACGACCUCAUGCUCUUGCGACCACGCCCACGUCCCCACCCCCUUCCCGUCCGGCUGCGUCAUGACGUCACCCUGCAUCAGCACCCACGGAGCAGUCGCAGCCAUUUUACUCGGCCAAAUAAACUUCAGUCUCAUUGCCGGAGGUGAGCAAAACAUCACAGAGGACAAGCCUCUUAUCACCAACGAAUAUAUCACCAUGACCGCCAAGUCGGAUGCUUUGGACUUUCUGGUGUUGCCCAUUUGGUAGCAACCACACUCGGCCUGAAAGACGGUGACCUAUCGUACAAACUUGCUGCUUGCCCCGGACACUCUCGGACAUCCCCGAUUUCUCUCCUGAAGGCAGGAUGGAGCCGCAGGCUUGCCGGGAGCUUCUCGGGGCAGAUGGGAUGUGUUUGCUGGUGCCCAGUCCGCAGAGUGAAGCAGUGACGCAUGAGAUGGAGGAGUUGUCACUGCAGCCCACCCAGAAUCUGCCGCCGCUCAAUGAACGCAAAAACGUGUUGCAGUUGAGACUUCAACAAAGACGAACUCGGGAGCAGUUGGUGGAUCAGGGCAUCAUGCCACCGCUGAAGAGCCCGGCUGCGUUCCAUGGGCAGAUUCGCAGCUUGGAGAGAGCCAGGACUGAGAAUUUUCUGAAGCAUAAGAUCCGCAGUCGUCCAGAGAGAGCAGAACUGGUCAGGAUGCACAUUUUACAAGAGACUGGAGCCGAGCCGUCACUCCAGGCCACCCAGAUGAAGCUGAAAAGGGCACGGCUGGCGGACAACCUGAAUGAGAAAAUAGCCCAAAGACCCGGUCCCAUGGAGCUGGUUGAGAAGAACAUAUUGCCUGUGGAUUCGAACCUUAAAGAGGCCAUAAUAGGGCAGGUGAACUAUCCCAAGGUCAUGGAUGAGGACAGCAGUGACGCCUUGUCCCCGGAGCAGCCCGCCAGCCAAGAGUCUCAGAGCUCUAUGCCCUCACCCGGGGACAUCACAUCCCCAGAAACUCCCUCGCCGGCCCCACCUCCUUCAGGCCCCCCCGUAUUGAAGUCCCCCCUAGCUGCUACACAAUCCACUACAGACUCGAUGAGGGUGGUCACUACUAAUGAGCAGCCUACAAGCCGCCCGGCUAUUUCUCACGCUCAACCAGUCACUACAAGUACUCCACUCAAGCCAGGCCCAACAUUGGUGAAGCAAAGCCAGCACAAACUGCCUUCUGAGAAGAUCCGCAGUAAGAAAAGCAAAGACGCCAAGCCAAGGGUGAAAAAGCUGAAGUACCACCAGUACGUUCCACCGGACCAGAAGCAGGAGCCCAGCGAGGCCCCAAUGGACUCCUCCUAUGCCCGACUUCUCCAGCAACAACAGCUGUUCCUCCAACUGCAGAUACUCAGCCAGCAACAGCAACACUACAACUAUCAAACUAUAUUACCAGCCCCACUCAAACCGGUGGCAGAAGGCCAAAGCGGCAACGCCGGCGGUAUGCCGGCCUCCAUUGUGGUUUCUUUACCCACUGCACCUCCACUGCCCCCAAUGCCCUUAGCCCGACAGAACAACUCAUUAUCGAGCCGCAAGCCCGGAGUCUUGCCUGCAAACCUGGAGGAGAUGAAGGUCCCCGAACUCAAACUGGAGCUCAAGCUUCGCGGCCUCCCUGUAUCAGGAACUAAAACCGAUCUGAUCGAAAGGCUGAAGCCCUUCCAAGAUCUUCCCAGCUCCUCAGCUCCCACCACUAGUCCCACGCCCAUUCCUACCACUCUGACCGCCAUCCCCAUGGCGCCUACCGGAUCCUCACCUCUCUCUGAUUUGAGAGUCCCUGAGAAGGACAGGAGGCUUCAUGAGAAGCAGCGACAGAUUGAAGAGUUGAUGAGGAAGCUUGAGCAGGAGCAGAAGUUGGUGGAGGAGCUCAAGAUGCAGCUGGAGGUAGAGAAGAGGAGUCAGAGCAGCUGUACCACCAACGUUCCCUCAGUAACUUCCAAGCUGACCACUGGUUCAUGUUCAAUUAGCCCCGUUUCAACAGUCUUGAACGCCAACGCUGUAAAACCAGAGAAAACGGUCUUGACAAACUGCUCUCCAGUUUCCUUUCCGAACUCGAUGCUGGGCUCCCAGGCUCUCACAACCCCACAGCAAACUAUGGUCAAGUUGGAGGACGUGACUCUUUCUUCUGGAAAGCCAAUUCAGCUUCAACCCCAAACUCGGCUUCUCACCCAAACCCAGGACCAAGUAAGCACUAGCCCACAGCUCCUCUACCAUUCCCAGAGAAGUCCCAAACUUAAGACCCAGCCGCAGUCCCAACCUACCACCCCCAACCUGCAGCAGUUCUUCAUCAGCCAUCCCGGGGGGGUGUCCCAGGUGCUCGGUCAACCGCAGACCUUGUUAACCACAUCUGGACAGACUCCGACUCUGCUGACGACAAGUGGCCAGACUGCAACUCAGAUCCUGCUCCCCGUAUCACUGCCCAACAAUGCCACCGCCAUCCAGCUGCCAAGCACCACUGUCAGCCUGCAGCCUGUCCUUCAGGCGACUGUCUCAAAUCCAGGCCUCGUCCAGACCUCCAUUCCUCAGCCUCAGAGCACCAAGAUGGAGACGUCCCCGAACCAGCAGUUGGCCAACCACAACUCAUUGCUGCAGGUUCGCCACGCCACACAAGAUGCAAGACAAACUUUGACAUUGUGCAAUAAUACGACUGACGUGGAGAAGCAUCCGAGGCCUGAGAUAAAUCCUCAGUGUUUCCUGGGGAGCUCCCCGGACAGAAGGGCCUCUCCUCGAUCUUCUCCCAACCACGUCUCUAAUGGGCCACUGAAUAAGCCUUCCUCUCCGCAGCCGACCUUCAUCCUCCAGCCUGCGUCUCUUCUUUCCCAGCCUCCCAAGACACGGGAGCCUCCUCGCUAUGAGGACGCUGUCAAACAGAGCCGCAACCUGCAUGUCAACAACGCGUCACAGGUUGCCAUGGCGACCAGUCAGCAGAUGGAUGAUUUGUUUGACAUUCUCAUACAGAGUGGAGAAAUCACUCCAUUCAUCCAGCAUGACCCUCCACUGUCUCUCAACAAGACUCACCCGGUCACAGCCAACAUCACCACCCUUCCGGUCAACACCGUCCUCUCCAGGCACCCUCCCCAGAUCCAGGUGGCCCCCCCUCCAACCUUGAGUCCGGCCAUGGACCCCAGCCUGGCCAACCUCUGCUCGCUGGCCACCGAUAACCAGCUCGAGGCCUUCCUGGAGAGGACGCUGGCCGACACGCCGGCGGCCUCCGACCCUCGCACCCGGGGCUUGAUGGAGGAGCUGCAGGCGCAGCUGAUGGACCAUCAGCCCUACUCGCCCAUGGACACGUCCGACCUGUCCUUCUGCGACUCCUCCUCUCCCCCUACCUCGCUCAAUAUCGGCCUCUCUGACCCGACACUAGACAACAUGGAAUGGCUGGACCUCACCAUGCCACCGGGUCCCGGUGGGGCACUCACGCCGCUCGGGAUCCCGACAGAUUUCCUGGACACGCAUGACCUGCAACUGCACUGGGACUGAGGAAUGAAGACGAGAAGAGCGAGGGUUGAGUAGCAAAGACCCAACUGGAACAAAGAGGGAUGAAUAGAAGGAGAGCAUUCACAAAAAAAAAAAAACGCCACUGUACAGGCAGUGCACUGAUGCACGUGGAACAACAAGCACGGGGAUUGCACAGCUUCCAUUGAUGAUGUCACUUGUAUGGCAAUUGGAGGGGGAGGGGUAAAGAAGGGAAAACGAUUGUUUGGAGCAGCAAAAAAAGAGGCGGAACCAAAGGAAUUCUGGUAGCAAGGACUUUUUGUACAUACAGGUUCUCCGCAAUCUCCAGGCCUGGCUCAUAUCCAGCGGUAGUGACGGCUGCUGAACAAAAAUGAGAUCGUUCUAACAAAAGGAGAAGUUACCUUGGCAGCAAAGAAAAAAAAAAAAAAUCAGAUGAUACUGACCACUCCCUGACUCAAUUACUUCAAACUGUGGGAAGGAUCAGCCUGAUCCAUCCCAUCCUGCAUGUUUGCCGAUUUAUCAAACGUGACUCGUUACACUGUCAUGGCGCUGACGGACCGAUUGAAGUGGACGCAGGACUCUAUGGAGAGCCGAUUGACUAACCCCCCCUCCCCCCACACACCCCCCUUGUUAACCAGUUUACCCCUUUCAUCCGCCAAUAACGACAACCUGAUAACAUGAUAGGCUGUCCACUGUCGUAACCGCUGUCCCUGAAAUGGUUAAGGUCAAGACAGCACACCAUUUUAUUUGAUUUAUUUUUCCUCCCAGUAAAUGAUCAAAAGGCUUUCCAUCAGGAUGCUCCUGUGACCACGUGGGGAGCUAUGCACUAAAGAGGCACCAUGUCGCUCGCCUCAAAAUUACGCUAAUGUGAACUCUGCAUAUCAUCAGUUGCUCCGAAAACUAUCAACAUGGAUCGCGAUGAGUGCCGCUCGGGAUCGCAAGGCCGAUCGUCUUUGGAGAUUUCUCAUCGGGUCUCUUUUGUUUUGAAUGUAUUCUGCAACGAUGAUUAAAUUAGGAAUUUUUUUUUUUUUUUUUUUUUUGGCACAUAAUGCCGGCAGCUUUUGUGACGAACAAAUAGGGAAAGGGAACAAACAAUGACACGCUUCGAGUCGGUGUGGCUGAAGAUGCAUCAGUGUUUGGAGACGUUGACUUCCAUAUCUUAACUGUCCUGCAGUAUCGUUACACUUUGUGUGUGUGUGUCGGGAGUAUGAAUACUGUGGAAUCUCUAAAGUUGACCUCGGUGAUGGUGGUUGACUUCUAAUUUGUUUCCAUUUUGAAACCACUUUCCCAUUGGACACAUGAGCAAUUGGAUUAGCUUGUCCCUGAGUCCAAACUUAAAUUAUCGUGACAGGAGUGUUUAAAAAAAAAAAAAAAAAAAAAAAAAAUUACAAUAUAUAUGUUGAUAUAUUUUUAGCUUUUUCCCCCUCCCACAAGCUUUUAAACGUGACAAAAAAAAAAAUCCUGAUCACCUGUUCCCACAUCUCAGUUCUGUAAAUGCAGUCAGGGACAAACCAUGCUUGCUUCAACACCAAAAUACUCGACCAAAACAUAUGAUUUCCUCUAACAGGAGUCUGAUAGCUUAAUGCUAAUUUAGGAUCUGAAAUGCCAUAAAUGGGUUUAUGGAUUAGCAUUGAUGUUUUGUAAUUGUAAACCUUCAAACAACUGCAAGUUGAACACGCUGGGCAGCAACAGACAAGACAAUAUUUGUGUUCAUGUGCCUAAGAGGAGAUUGUCUUCCCAUUUCGGGCUGACAACUUUGCUGUGGGCUUUUGUCAUUAUUAAUUAAUAUGACUUAUAAUUGUCCUGUUUUAUUAUUGUACCGUCGUCAUCCCACUUUGGUCAUCACCCGCACUCUUCUGUGGUGUCAUUCCGCAAAAGCCAAAGACAAAUCAACACUAUUUUUUUUAAUGGAUAAAUGCUGAUCACAAUUGUCAAGAUUUUUUUUUUUUUUUUUUUUUUAAACUUGAGGUUCCGCUGCACUCAACAAUGAGACCGAGCUGGUCAGGAAGAACAAACGGUCAUAAAGUCGUGCCGCUGUGCAUGCGCCAGUGAGUUGCAUGCGCUUCAUGCGUCGUCUUUUCCGUCUCCCGUGUGCAUGACCGUUCUCGAAGUCUCGUUGCGAGAACAAAAUGUGCUACCAUGAUCAAAUCAUUGACGAGUCAAAUCACAAAAGGCUUCCAACGACUUCUCUUGGCUGUCUAGGGUUCAAACAUGUCCUGACACCCCGAGAGGUGCCAGCAAAGAGGGCUCUUAAACCUUGUCUGCGUCAUAUAUGACCUUUGAGCAUCUCUCGUCUACGUUUUCACUUCACGCUUAGUUUUCAACUUAAAUGCAAGAAAUUGUGUAUCAGGCUUGAUUUAUACUCCUCAAUUUCAGUUUAAUCCCUUUAUUUUUUUUUUUACUUAAAUUUCCAUCUCUAUUUCAAAUGACGCAUAUCGGAUAAGGCUGACGGAUCAAAACGAAUCGUGCCACUUGAGUCUUCAAAUCGGAGUUUGUCAUUUGUCCCAAGCAGUGUAAAUCAAUUUUAUCGCCUAAGGACACAAAUCAGAACGGAGCAUUUCAUGUCAGUACUGUAGCGGCACAGUGACGCAGUGUAUGUGCACAAAAGCCAACAAUACCUGAGCCAAACUCUAAACUUUCACGCCCCGUUUGUCCAACGUCUGUGCACCAACAGAACAUUAAGUUGGAGAGAGUUUUGUAUAGAUAUCUAAAAGUAAGCUCUGUAUUGUCAAGCCAAUGUUUGUUUCCACAUUGCUGAGUGUUAGUGUUAAAUCCUUUUGAGAUGUUUAUUUUUUUUUUUCUUUUGGAUUUGAUAUCUGUUUGCUUUAAAGGGUGUCCAAAUAUGAAUGCUCUGUAGCCCCAAAAAAGGCUUUGGGAUUUUAUCACUUUUUAUUAUUUUAUUUAUCACUUGUUUUCAGGUAAGAAAAAAAAAACGGAUAUCCUGUCAAGCGUAAUUUUCCUUUGUAAAGCUACGUUUCGUUUGCUUGGUUUAUGUUCUGUCAUUUCUGAUCUCUGCUGCAGUCACGCAGAUGAUCCGAGUGUCACUGGCCAGUUGAGGACAGCUCAUACUGUAGUGAUUACGGCUGCUCCUUUUCUCGAUGUACUGUAAUGUUAAUGCAGAUUUACGCAUUAACACACUCAGAAUGACUUCAGAUCAAAACUCUUGUCGAACCGCCCCCUCUUGUAGACUGCGAGGUUUAUCACCAUGAUAAAGUUAGGAAAUUUUCAAGGUGUUGUCACACUAUUCUGCGCGCAGGAAAAUGAAACACAAGUGAGCUUCUGGCCCUUCUGCAGCCGAUCCCUUCAUUGAAGCUUCCGGUCGUCCUUCUCCCAUUGCCUUUUGUUGUUCGUAUGCCAUACGUUUUGCACAUGAUGUACAUAUUUCUAUAGAUGUAAUGCAUAUUUUUAUACGUGUGACAUCCACGGGCUCUCUCUAUUUUGUAAAUACUACAAAAAAGGUUGGAUGCCUUUUAUGUGACAAUAAAAAUUUGGUGGACUAUGAA